CGCGCACUGCAAAUCAACACUGCCUCUGCGCACAUACGAGCGCUAUGGCUCUGACUUUUUAUAGGGAACAGGUUGCUGGAACACACAAACGCGAGAAAUAGCUUGUUAUCAGCCUUCAUUAUCUGGUUGCUGCGUUUCUUCUUUUGAGGUAGGCUACAGCAGUCUGCGAAGGAGAUGUGUCGAUAGAAACCCAUGGCAGAGAUUCUAGAAUCAUGAUUAUAUGAGGAAAAGGAGAGUCGGAUGCACGCACGACCGAAUCCACCGUCACGGAAAGACUGGAAAAUAUAAUAUAUAGGCUGUAACUCACGAGCGAGGUGCCAGGCGGGCACCAGUGUUGCCUAGCGCCAGGCUACUUUGCGCCACAAUAAGAAAACAGGGGAUGCACGAAAACAGUGAAGACAACGGGUGCACGAUGCAGGACUGAAUCGAUAUAUUUCCCCUAGAAUAACCAGACAGACGUUGGGUCGACUUGGCUAUCAUUUCAGUGUAAAGCGCGUCGAAUAAGUAGUCAAAUUUAUUAUCGAGAAGAUGAGUGUAAGCCAAACUGGGUAUGAUGGCAUUUCUAGAGUGGAUGGUGGCACGGUAACGGGCGGCCUCAACAUCAGUGGUACCCCGAAGCUGCAACAGUGUGCUCAGCCUCCCGGUAAUCGACCCAGGGAUGCCCGGUUCCAGCAACACGGCGGGCGGCAGCACCAGCACGGUAGCACGGCUGUCAAACCGCCUAAUUCCGAACGGUCCGAACCCGCGGACGUUGUGAAGCGCGCCAUUGACUUCAAGACUCAAGGCACCCAGUGCUACAAGGAUAAGAAGUACCGGGAAGCGAUUGGCAAGUACCACCGUGCUUUAUUAGAGAUGAAGGGGUUGUGCCGGGUGCUGGGAGACCCCGAUGCCAGCUCUAAGUCUCCUUCCUCGGUGCUGCCUACUAUGAGCAAGUCAGACAGCCUGACAGACGAGCAGAAAGGUGCCAUGGAGAACGCCGAGCUGGAAUGUUACAACAGUCUGGCAGCGUGCCUGUUGCAGAUGGAGCUGGUCAACUAUGAGCGUGUGAAGGAGUAUUGUCUGAAGGUGCUGCGUAAGGAAGGGGACCACUUCAAGGCUCUGUACCGCUCUGGGGUGGCCUAUUAUCACCUAGGAGACUUCCACAAGGCCCUGCACUACCUCAAGGAGUCCCACAAACAGCAGCCAACAGACACCAACGUUCUCCGCUACAUCCAGCUGACGGAGAUGAAGAUCCGUCGUUCUGCCCAGAGGGAGAAGAAAGAGGCCACAUAAACUACCAACUCGCUGUCUGUUUGAUAACUAAGGCUUUGUCCCAGAUGUCACCCUAUUCACUAUGCAUUGCUCUGGUCAAAAAGGAGUGCACUGCAUAGGGAAUAGGGUGACAUUUUGGGACGUAACACACCUAACUUUUCACUCAACGUCAAUUUGUACUUUCUUCAUGCGCAACUCAGACCUACCACACACCACGAUACAGGGUCAUGGUGUUUUAAAGGAUUUAUAUACAGUGAGGGGGGAAAAAAGUAUUUGAGCCCCUGCUGAUUUUGUACGUUUGCCCACUGACAA